AAAAAAUUCGUCCUGUAUAAUAUUAUAUAUUUUAUUGCAUCGCCACGCGUACAAACAAUGUUAUGUGUGUGUUUGUAUAUAUUUUAUUGCGGAGAGGAUCGAUGUUCGUGUUUUCCGCCGACCAGAUCAGACGACUGCUGAACAUGACAUUUUUCGACAGCGGUUCGACGCUAAUCGACUUGGGUGCCGGUGAUGGGGCCACUACAGAAAAGUACUUACCCUUGGUCCGUGAGAUCUACACGACUGAAAAGUCUGGGCCGAUGAUCCGGAUUUUGGCUGAAAAGGGUUCCGUGGAACCAGAACAAAAGUUGCCGAUCACUGGCGCAACGUUUGAGGAACAGGUGUGUUCGGCGGUGCACAACGUGUUCGAACCGUCCGGACUGGAAGUUCUAUGCUGGACAAGACUUCCGUACCUGUGCGAGGGCGAUUUAAGCCAGGACUAUUAUUGGCUGCACGACGCCGUCUUCGUGAUGUCUGCAAAAACGCCGCCGCAAGUAGUCGAGAACUCAUAGCACUCCACAAACAUUCAAUCAUUGUACAGGGUGAAUGGGUGAUUCUCUUGUUAUCGCUAUGUUAGUAUGUUACCAUGGAUUAUAUACAAUUAUAUAUAAUCUGUGAUAUUUUAGUUAUUUUCUCGUGGAAUUCAUGUAUUUUUGAAUAAUUA